CAAGCCCUGCUCAGCUGAGCUUUGACAGUUGCUUGCUGCAGCCCCCAAAUGCUGGGUUUUCUGCCAGUCGAAUUCCUUCACGGACCAGGAGGAAUCUUGCGGGAUCUGCUCAUUCCUCGCCAGGAGCCUGGAGGUGGCAACUGCUGAGAGAAGAGGGAGCCCGGGAGCCGAGGGAAGAAACUGCUUGGGGAGGCAGAGCGGAAAGUUGUUGCCAAGAAAAGGUGGCGCUUUGGAGGGUCACAGGGAUGCACCCUGAAUCGCUGAAGAUUUCGUGGGGAGCCCUUGUCCUGCUCUGGCUGCUGCAGGAGGAGGCUGUGGGGUCAGCAAAGGAGAGGCAAGCAGCAGCUUGGACCCAGAGAGAUGUCUCCACGGUUGGGAUAGAACCUCAUUCCUGGGAGCGAAAGACGCGGGAAACCUCGCCAAGAGACACGAGGACUCGGAUCAGCGAAGAUUUAAUUGGCGGGAGCCUGGCUAUUGACACUUUGGCGGACAAUGAAACACAGAUUGUGGAAGACAACCACAACUACUAUAUAUCUCGAACGUACGGUCCGAGUGAAGCGCGAGCCAAGGAACUCUGGGUAGAAGUUACAGCAGCCAACAGGAGCCAAGUCAAAGUCCAUGGAAUCCUCUCCAAUACGCAUAGGCAAGCCUCGAGAGUCAUCCUAUCAUUUGACUUCCCCUUCUAUGGGCAUUACCUGCGGCAAGUCACCAUAGCAACCGGAGGUUUCAUCUUCAUGGGGGACGUCAUUCAUCGGAUGCUGACAGCUACGCAGUAUGUUGCUCCUCUCAUGGCAAACUUCAACCCCAGCUACUCCCGGAAUUCCACCGUCAAAUACUUUGACAACGGGACAGUCUUUGUGGUUCAGUGGGACCAAGUGUACCUGGAAGGAAAAGAAGACAGAGGCUCUUUUGACUUCCAGGCAGCUUUGCACAGUGAUGGCAGAAUAGUCUUUGGCUACAAAGAGAUCCCCAUGCCUGUCCUGGAAAUUAGUUCUACACAACAUCCCGUCAAAGCUGGACUCUCAGACGCUUUCAUGAUCCGUAACUCCUCCCCUGGCGUGCCUGAAGCUCACCGCCGGACCAUCUACGAAUAUCACCGAGUGGAGCUGGACACCAGCAAGAUCACUAGCGCAUCGGCUGUGGAGUUUUUGCCCUUGCCCACUUGCCUCCAGCACCAGAGCUGCGAAGUUUGCACGACAUCUGACCUAACCUUCAACUGCAGCUGGUGUCACGUCCUGCAGAGGUGUUCCAGUGGAUUUGAUCGGCACCGUGAAGAGUGGUUGGAGUAUGGCUGUGACCAAGAGUUAGAAGAGAAGACCACCUGUGCCGACUUUGAAGACGAUGAACAUUACUACUCAACACCUCCCAGCGACAGUCCCUUCACAGCACUCAGAGAAGACAUCACCACUUCUUCUUCCCACUUUGUCGACAGCCUAACUACAGAAGAUGAUACGAAGUUGAACCAAAAUCCAGAAGACGGUCUGAGAGACGACUUCCCUGCAAAAAAAGUAGAAUCCCAGCUCCAUACAGGAACCAUCGUUGGAAUUGUUCUGGCAGUCCUGCUCAUAGCAGCCAUUAUUCUUGCUGGGAUCUACAUCAGAAGCAACCCUACAUCCCAUGCUGCUUUGUUCUUCAUUAAGCGGAGACCGCACCAGUGGCCUGCCAUGAAGUUCAGAAACCACUCGAUGUACACCGAAGUGGAGCCAUCUGGCCACGAGAAGGAGGGUUUCGUCGAAGCGGAUCAAUGCUGAAGAAUGCGUCUUCUUUUUUUAAUUGCUCUCGCACCUUUAAAACGUCACCUCCCGUUUCCUGUUUGUUUCACGAUGAGCACAACUGAAGAAAGAGCAAAAAGGGGAAAGUAAACACAUAAAGAGCCCCCCCAAAAGAAUUGAAAUGGAUACAGGAGGAUCCAAAAGGCAUGCAGGUUUAGCAUGUGGCCUCUGGGUGGUUUAGCAGGGAAAGCUACAAUGGAGUCGAAGCUUUUAUUGCAGAGAAGCCCACUUCAUAUCGGUUGUUUUCAGGUGUAGCCAUCAAUGGCUGAUUUCAGUGCCAGGGAAAAUAAGCCUGCACUCUUCCUGCUUUUCUCAGGCAUCUGAGCUGUAUGGUAAAGAUGCUUUUUUUUUUGCCUCUGUGUGUUAUGGAGGGUGUUACGUAUAAUUUUUUAAAGUCCCCAAACAGUGGGAAAGCAAAUACAUUAAACUGUCCAAAGAAAGGUUAGGAUAGGGGGAAAUCUAGGCUUCUGGUGGGAGAGAUUGAAGUUUGCCUUCUGAAUAAACCCUUGAGAGAUGCUUACGGAUUAUAGUUAACAUAUAGUUGGUCUGACUCAAAUAUCUCAGUGUCAUUGCAGCACUUACUGCAGCGACUGACAUUUGUGGUUUGUGGGGAGCUUAAUCUGGGCCUAAAAUGCCACCUUCAUAUUUAUCUGUAACGGCGGUAUAAAUUUGAGCCACAAGAAAGCAAGCAUUAAUUAAGAAGGCCUUGCAAUUGACAGUAAUCACCCCAGCCGGAGGAUAAAAUACGUAUUUUUAAAAGUUGGGUUUUCUGAGCUCUGAGUUGGGAGAGGAAGCUGAACAUGAGAGGUGGUUGUUUAGUUGGUUCAUAGUGUCGUACAGUUGCCCUGUAAAAAGGCAGUGAAGAAAGUGAAGCUUUUCCGUAGAUAUAAUGCCCAAUGUAGAAGUAGCCAAAGAGUAGGGCAAAAGGAUUUAAUAAAUAGAAGCACAACUUGAGAUGUAGUUCUUCCACUCUCCAAUAUACCGGUAGACAUGCUUUCAUAGGAGUAUUAACAAGGCAUUUUGGGGGCAUUUCAGUGCUGCAAUGGAACUGUAAAAACAGACACUGUGUGUCCUGGGCUGACAUUUCAGAUCUCAGUGCUGGCCUGAGAAUCUCUGCUGUCUCCAUGUACCUGUACAUGGCUGGGGAAAGAAUCUACAUGUGGAAUUGCAGGUUUUAGAUGUGUUGACCAUAUCUAAUUCUGUUUUUUUUAAAAAAACAAACCCAUGCAAGAGCUUCCUAUAAGUCAAAUGACACAUUCAGUUCAUGUCCACAGCAAACAAGGACCUGAGCACCAAAUUCAUUAUCUGUCAUAACAAUGCAAGGCCUCCUUUCUUUCUGUAUACUUGAAUUUACAAUAUAAUUCGAUGUUGAGGAGGGUGGGGUGGAAAAGCUUGUGGCAAGACGUUUAGUAUGGAUUGUCUGCAUGGAAUGCAGUGUUAAUACUAAUAUAUAAUAGAAAAUAUUAAUUACUUGUACUUUUUGGGAUUGCUUUGGUUUUCGGAAUAAAAAAGAGCGAAGAUCACGACUGAUGUGUGUUAAAUUGCAGAAUUUUCAUAGUUAAGAUUCGCCCAUAUGGUGGUUUUUAAAAGCAAAACAAUAUCCAGGGCACACCGCAGUCCACUUUUGCUCAUGAUUUCUAUGUUAAUUCCUUGUCUUACCCAUCACCUGCCUGCUGCAAUGGUCAAAUUACAGGGGAACAGAAGGGACCUAGCCUCUCAAACCUUUUGGUUGUUGUCGUUGACAGCCCCCUUAGCUACCAUUUUUGGAAGGCUAUAAAGGGGAGGCUGUAAUUAAGCUAAAAUGUAGAUUUCAUUAAGAACCCCCUACUUUCUCAACCCCUCCCCCACCUCCUGUGGCAACUGUCAGUGCAACCCUGCACCUUGACACAUGUGGCUUGAUCCCCCCCCAAAAAAGAAAAAAACCCAUUGCUCUGUCCAGGGAUUCCCACACUUGUCUUCUUCUUCAGAGAUCACUCAUAGCCAAGUAAGAUUGUCUUCCAUAAACACAGUUUUAACAGUGAGUCUGUAAGUGACCAUGGAGGCCAAUUCUCGUUCCACACGUCCUUCCACAGUGGGGACAUAACGGUAGUUUUUCAGGCAGGAGUUGAUCAAGAAGUUGAGCAUUGUUUUGGAUGGAGGGGAGGUUGUAGCCUUCGCCUGCCCCUCCAAACUCUGGGAUAUCCCGUUAACGGGAUUCGGGGGGGUGGCCAAUGUCUGCGGGGCCAGGGGGGCCAGGGGCGAAGGCACUCCCCCAGAUGGAGGUCCCUGCAGGGGUCACUCUAUUGGCUGUAAGUCUUAGGAACCCCCGCCUGGAUUGACCACACGUCACUUCCAGCAGGCGGGCCGGAAGUAUUUAGAUUGCCCCAUGCCCAAGCCAAACCUCUUUCAUCUGUAUUCAAUAAAGUUGUGGCCUGUUUUCACCCCAAA